CUGCAUAGCAACGUUAACACAGGUACAGGGCAGCAGGCACAGAACAGCCCACAAUGGACAGCCCAGACAAUAGCUGUUAUCAGGAGGGGUGUUCAGUGUGCCAGGUGUGUACCACACACUACCUCUCAGACACUGACCAGCACCUUCAGUUAACACACCUGCCAUUUGACCAUGAGCUCUGUCCAGACUGUUCUCUACUGUUACUGUUCCGUAACAGAGAAGAUCCUGAUUAUACUUCACAUAUUCAAGAGCUUAAAGGAAAGACCGGCUUGGUGGAGUUAAUUGAAACAAUUCACAAUUCAGAUCAUAGAAAUGUUGGCUCUCAGUCAGUCCAUUGCUCAGAGCAUCCAGGGCAGGACGUUACAGGGUUUUGUAAAACUUGUCAAAAAACUGUCUGCGAUAUCUGUUCCCAUGCAGUUACCAGGGCAACAACUGUCAACAAUGUCAACACAACCAAUGAAAUUUCUCAACACAAUGGUAGCACAACAAGUGUCGACUCGGACAACCUACGUCAUCAAGAAUUAGAAAGCAACAAUGGGACAGACCUAGAUGACGAUCAUCAAAGUCAGCAUACAACUGACGCUGAUGAUGAAAAUGAAACUAGCAGCGAAAAAUCUUUUAACACCACGAAAUCUGCACCAAGUGGCACAAAACUCAACCACUUUCCAGCCACUGAAGAAUCAGGUACGAUGGUCAACCACAGCGACCAUGACAUCUGCGACAUAUACCAAGCUGGAGAAAUCAUGGCUGACAAACUACGCAAAGAUAUCGUCUGUGUAAAACAGGCGGUGAGUGAUAAGCAGAUGCAUGUGGAAGAUGUGCUGGCAGAGAAAGAAAUGUUGGCAAGUGCGAAGAAGACAGCCCUGCAGAAAGCUGACGAAAUAUUUGCUAAAAUGAUGGAGGUCAUAAAGAAAAAACACCAGGAAGUCACCACCACCAUUCAGGAGAAAUUUCAAGAGAAAUCCAAACAUCUAGACCAGCACAUAGAUUCCUGUGAGAGCCAAAUCCUCUGUAUGGACAGCACAGUACAAGUAUACAACACUGCACUACGAGACCUAGAUGUCCCAAACCUCGUCACCAUGGCAACAACACACUGCAAAACCUUGGAAAACAAGGUCCAGGAGUACAACAACACCCACACAGACUCUGGGAAAAAUUACAUCGAGUUUGACAGCGGUCCUUGCGUAGAGUAUGUGUCGUCUGCCCAGGAAUACAUCCAAGUCCGCCAUGAUGAAAAGCAGCUGCCGGCAGUGGUGCAGGUUGAGACGGUUCCCGCCACAGCAGGCUUCACGUCCACAGCGGAGAUAACGCUCUCCAGCAGCAGCAAGGUGGCACUGUCUGGGUACCCAGUGGAAGUCGAGAUAAGGGACAAAUACAAUGAAGUCAUCAAGUGUGCUGUUCAAGACAAUGAAGAUGGCACAUACACUGCUCAUUUCAAACCCCAAGUUUCAGGCAUGCACUACGGCUCCGUCAACCCAAUUGACAACAAGACUACAGUACGAGGAAGUCAGUUUGAGUUUGACGUACAGAGCAAUGAUCCUGUCCUUUGGUUUGGCGGCAAAGGAAAAGAACCUGGGCUGUUCAACUUUCCUCGUACCCUCACAGUAGACCCCACAGGGGAUGUUUACGUAGUCGACGAGCUAUGUCGGGUUCAGAUCUUCAACGAACUUGGAACUUUCAAGAGUCACUUCAAACUGGACGGUGAUCUGAAAGAUUACAACGCCGUGGGGGUUGCUGUUUGCAGUUCUGACGACACGCUCAUCUGUCCUCUGAUGAAGAAAGACCAGCAUCUGGGAGGGUGUGUGAACACGAUCGCAAAACUAACAAAAACGGGAGAACAGGUGAGCAUGGCCACCCAACCCUUCCAGUGUGGAAUGCACCUGGCUAUUAACAGCAAAGAUCAGAUCAUAGUAGCAGACCUGUUUGGAAAGUGUCUCUACAUCCUCUCGGACACCAGCGGGGAACAAAUACAAACAGUCAGCGGAAGAGGAUUAAAAAACUUCCGUGGCCCUAACUGUGUGUGUGUCAUGGAUGAUGACAGUAUCGUGGUCUCAGAUACUUCAAACAACUGCAUCCACGUGUUUGAUGAGGUGGGGAACUACCUGUUCAACUUUGGUCAGAAGGGGCACAGAAAGGGGGAGUUCCGGGGGCCCCAGGGGGUGGCAGCUGACCAGUGCGGCCAUAUUCUGGUGGCAGACCAGUAUAACAACAGAGUCCAGGUAUUUGACCGCAACGGUCAGUUCGUGUUGUGUAUUGAAAGCACAGGCAGCCCUCUCCACUGGCCCAGGGGGAUAGCAGUGACCAAUGACGGGCACAUGUAUGUGGCAGACUCUGACCAUCACAUUGUCAAGAAGUUCAAAUACCUUGAAUAAGGCUGGGAUAUUAUGUACACUGGUGACUAACUUACUUUACAUCUGAGACCAUUAAAUUUCUUUGUUUAUUGGUUUCUCUUUUGUCAAUUUAUUGGUAUUGAAUUUUGAGAACUUCAGUGGUGACAAUGUAUCCUGCUAGCUAAAACUUUUUUUUUUAACAAAUGUCCAUCUUCUGAAACAAACUUUUUUAUCUAUUUGUACUUAAAGCGUGGUAUUAAGCUAGUCAGAUUCAAAUUUCGUGAAAUGUAAAUUUGCUCCGUUUAUUUCUGGAAAAUUAAGAAUUGUUUAUUUAAAUAAGAUGCAAGUUUUACCUUGUCUUGGGUCAUAAGAAAUGGGAUAGGAUUUUGAGGUUUUUGACAUACAGCCGUCC